CUCUCAUCAUACCCCCAGGAGGCUCUGCUUCCCAGCCCCUUUGUUCAGUCUAGCCGGUGGGUUGAGUCAGAGGGAAGGCUGUGCUAACGCAAGAAAUCCAUUACCAGUGUGGGAACACCGACAAGAGCUGAGGAAGAGAGGCCCGAAAAAAAAAAACAGCCACGGUUACCGGGAGUCCGGAUCGAGACCGUGUUUAAAUCAGAGCCAGACAGAGAGAAAAGUUGGCUUUUUUUUUUUUUUUUUUGGAGUGUUGCUGAUGCUGCGUUUCGCGUCGGGGACCGUCAGGACGUGUGUGCCGCUGCUCGGUGUCUAAACACAGCGAUACAUGUCGCUUGUCUUCGUGGGUUGCUUCUCUUCAUCCUAGGGAGAGAGAGGAAACAACGAACCGGCAGACUAGCUGCUGAACCCAUCACCGGUGUGCUGCUGACGCUGUGCAUCCACGCUGACUCUCCCUUUCGGUUUCUGCUCAGCAUCCAUAUUUGCAUCCCAGGGAGUGGCAACCACUAAUCCCCCUUUUCCUGGCAAGAAAAUUGAAAGUUGCCUCCUCCCCCCCCCCGCCCAGGUUGUCGGACACCCCUCGGACGCGCUUAUUUCACACAGAAAAGCUAAACAUGGAGAGCGAGAGCCGCCACUCCCACAUCUAGUGCCUGAUCCACAAGCCUUCAUCACCCAGGGAGGAGCUCUCAGGUCCCGGCCGUCUCCCCUGCUACUGUAGAAUGAAUAUGCUCAAGUCCAGUGGACUGAAAAUCCCUGGCCGGGGGCCCAAGCAUUCCAGCCCAGUGGGAAGGACCUCAGCGGGUGGAACUUCAAGCCCUGUCGUCCCUAAAGACAACUGUCCACUCAAGCCCACCACACCAACUAAAAUCUCUGAAGAGGGUGACGAUGUUUUGGGGGAUUACACAGUGGGCGAACACGUCUGGGUCAACGGUGUCAAACCAGGAGUUAUCGCGUACCUGGGGGAGACCCAGUUUGCCCCGGGACAGUGGGCCGGCGUGAUACUGAAUGACCUAGUUGGCAAAAACGAUGGUUCAGUGGGCGGAGUGCGCUACUUCGAGUGCCAACCCCUCCAGGGCAUCUUCACGCGACCCUCGAAGCUCAACCGACAGCCGGUUGGAGAGGGAAGCGACAGCCACUCCACUGACUCACUCUCUGCCCAGAAUCAGACUCAGCAGGGCGGCAGUGGCGCCCCCGCUGGCCAGCGGGUAGUGGUGCCACUCAGAGAGUGCCUACUCAAUAGCGCAGUGAAGACAGGCAAUGAGUCGGGGUCCAACAUGUCUGACAGUGGUUCAGUUAAGAAAGCUGGGGAUAAGGAUCUUCGAGUUGGAGAUCGAGUUUUGGUGGGAGGCUCUAAGAUGGGAGUCAUACGCUACAUGGGAGAGACAGACUUCGCUAAGGGUGAAUGGUGUGGGGUCGAGCUGGAUGAACCCCUGGGGAAGAAUGAUGGUGCAGUAGCUGGUACAAGAUACUUUCAGUGUCUUCCCAAGUUCGGCCUGUUUGCUCCGAACCACAAGGUGAUCCGCAUCGGCUUCCCCUCCACCAGCCCGGCCAAGGCUAAGAAGAGCAAGCGGGUGGCCAUGGGGGUUUCCUCUCUGGCCCACAGCCCCAGCAGCUCCUCCAUCAGUUCAGUCAGCUCGGUGGCCUCCUCUGUGGGUGGACGACCGAGCCGAGCUGGACUGCUGACGGAGACAUCGUCACGCUACGCCCGCAAGAUCUCAGGCACCACCGCGCUCCAGGAGGCCCUGAAGGAGAAGCAGCAGCACAUCGAGCAGCUCCUGGCCGAGAGGGACCUGGAGCGAGCCGACAUGGCCAAGGCCACCAGCCACAUCUGCGAAGUGGAGAAGGAGCUGAGCGUCCUCAAGGUGCAGCACACACAGUAUGUAACAGAGAAUGAGAACACCCUCCAGCAAGUCAAAGCCAUGUUGGCCAGCACACAGAAAGAUAAGCUGGAACUGACCAAUCAGCUGGAAGAAGAAAAAAGGAAAGUGGAGGACCUCCAGUUCAGAGUAGAGGAGGAAUCCAUCACCAAAGGAGACCUGGAGACUCAGACGAAAUUGGAGCAUGCCCAUAUUCGACAGCUUGAGCAGUGUGUGCUCCUCGAAAAGUCGAGAGUAGAGACGCUUCAGAAAGACUUAGAGAAGAGGAGGGGAAGAUGCACUCAUGAUGCAGUAUCCUUGAGGUUGGGUAAGAGAACCAAGCAAACCACAGUUGAAGAGCAGAGUCGUAUCAUGCAGCUGGAGGAUGAGCUCAGCAGCCGGAGAGCUGAGAUCGAGAACCUCCAGGCUCAACUCAGAGGAUCAGACACGAGCUCGCAGCAAGCCAACAACAGUGAGGCUGCCCCGGGGUCCGACACCCAGCAGGAGACCCUCCUCCUGCGCGAACAGCUUGUGUCGGCGGGCCGCGAGCACUACAAGGAAAACAGCGAGCUUAAAGAGAAGUACGAGACGGCAAUAGCAGCGAGCCAGCAGGAGGUAGAUGCGCUGAAGGCGGUGGUAGAUAAUAAGAACCAGGAGAUCGGUGAGAUGAAGCAGAAAGUCCAACAGGCCACCAAGGAAAACAUGGAAAUGAUGGACACCUGGAAGGCUAAAUUUGACACUUUAGUGAGUGACCACCAGCGUUCCUUGGAGGAACUGAAGGCCACAUUGUGUAGUGAUCAUACUACUCCAGCAGGCCAGGAGCUGGACGCCCAGGAGCUGAGAACCACUCUGGAGGCGCUGAAGAUGGAGCACCAGCUGGAGAUGGAGAAUCUCAAAGCCAAACAUAAGAUCGAAGCCGCCAUGCUGACCAAGGAACGCGAAGACCUCUGCACUCGUCUUCAGGAGGCCAAAGAGCAGCUGGCUGAGGGCAACCAGACGUGGAGGACCGAGGUAGCGGCCAAAAGCAGCAAACAGGCCCUGGAAGAGGCUACCGAUAAGCUACAGAAGGCAGAGCAGAGGCUGGCGGAGAUGGAGAAGCUUCAGAUGGAGAAGGACAAAAGCACAGGGGAGCUGCGAGAGAGACUGGAGCUGUCGGAGAAGAAGAUGACCGACUACGAGGCUCUGCAGAAGGCCCAGGCAGAGAGCCAAGAGGAGAUCCAGAAACUGGAGGAGAAACUGAGGGUGACAGCGAACCAGCUCCAGGCCAUCCAGGCGGACCGCUACACAUCCCAUGAUGCAAAUGUGAUAGAGGAUAAUGAAAUUUCAGAUGAGAAGAUGAAGCUAAAACAGAAAAUUGAAGAAACAAUGGAGAAGAUGUUGAAAAGGGAAAAAGAGGUCUCGACUCUCACGUCCCAGGUUGAAGCCCUAAAAUCCCAGAUGGGAGCACUGGAGGGCAAAGUUCGCUCAGGGGAAAAGAAAGCCGAAGCCCUGGCCAAGGAGAAGCUGCGUCUGGAAGCGGAGCUGGAGUCUAUGACCAAGAAGUCCCACGAUGCAUCUGGGCAGCUGGUCAACAUCAGCCAGGAGCUGCUGAAAAAGGAGAGGAGUCUGAAUGAACUGAGGGUGUUACUCCUGGAAUCGCAUCGCCAUUCGAGGGACAUGGAGAAAGACCUGAACCGAGAAGUGCACAAGGCUGAGUGGAAGGUCAAGGAGCAGAAACUACAGGAUGACAUCAAGACCUUGCGCGAAAAAUUACUUUUACUGGGUCGGGAACGGUCUUCACCUGACCACCGGCGGUACUCCAUGCUGGACCCCUCGGCCCUGGACUCAGAGGUGAGCCGCCUCCGCCAGCGGCUGUUCAGCACCGAGGACGCCCUGAGGAACGCCUUGGAACACAACCAGCAAGUCGACCAGCUGGUCCAGGCCAUGCGCAGGCAUCCAGAUAAAAGCCCGGCACAUGGUGCGAAUUCAGCCAAUGGAAUUCAUCAUCAGGAGUCAGACAGUCCUCGAGAUGACCAACACUGAUAUGAGCUGAAGAGAUAAGACUGAACUGGGACUUGCAGACGUACAUCUUCAAAAGCAUCAGAAAAACUCGUCCGACGUUUCUCCCGAUCCUGCGAUGGACGUCUGAAGAACCUUUCAGUUUACAGUUAAAACCAAAACAGCGAAUCUCUCUCUCUAUCUCUCUGUGUCUCUCUCUCUCUCCCUCUCUCGAGGGAAUUUAUGUGUUUGUUGCAGAAAGCACCUAUUAGCCAAUCAUGAAGACCGCUUAAAGUACUAUAAAAUAUAAACAGGAAAUGGGACAUGGACAUGAAGAGAUAUUAUCGGUACAACUCCCGAGAACAUACAGAAUGGCAACUUUUCGAUUGCUUUACAGUAGUUAGAAAAUUUGAAGCUACAAGUUGCCGGGAACUCUGUGACAAUUCUGAAUUUUGACCCGGAAGGCAAAAAACGGCUGAUGGACAACGAUGUGAAGAAAUGAAGAACCGGGUCUCAGUCGCUUUGUUUAUUUUUAUUUAUUACUUUUACUUUGCUCCUCAGCUUUGUAAUGAUGCUCUACGGGUGAGCUGUCCUGGCCAGUGAUACUCAGAGCAACUCUUCAAGGAUGAUAGUGGCUUAUUUUUUAGGGAGUUUGGCUCAUUUGUCACUUUAUUAAAUACCUGAUGAGAGAAUUACUAGCAAACUCUGUCCGGUGCUUUAGUGUAUAAUAAAAGUUAUUGGAAAUAUUAAAAAGGGGCCUUUAAAGUAAUAAUACAUCCCAAAAUCUGUCUUUUCAAUAUAAAAUACACACUCAGAGGGCUUGCUAAGUAGCUGGAUAAAGUUUUUGUUUCAACGUCCUUGGUUGUGAUUAGCCUGAAUCCAUUUGUUAUAAUGGAUUCCAGUGGUCAGUUUUAUGUUUGGAAAAUGUUUUAAACCGUCCACAAAAAUGUGUAAAACCACCUCCCACAACAUAAUCCACUUCUCCGCUAUCCAGCCAUGUGCUGAGUCUGUUCCAAACACUGUUUCUUUCAUCAAGAUACAGCAAAAAUACUGUCAAUUCUCAUGUACAGCCCCUUUUGAUACUGAAAAAAAGCAGAUCUUAAAGCAGUCGGAAUGUGUUUGUUUUUGGUCUUUAUCAUUUAUGAAAUCAGUUACAAAAAGUGUGCCAAACCCCUCACUGUCUGACCAUCAUCAAGUAACAGUACUCUUGGAGUCCCUGAUACUCCCUGAAAACAACUUCAGAUUUAGCUUUGCAUCUUUAAGUAAGCAAUCAAGCACAACGAGGCGUCUUGAUAUAAUAAAAAAAGAUGGAAAGGCGUGGAGGCACAACCCAAAGCAGGCUGUUAUUCUCUCUGGCAUCCUGUGAGUGUAAUAUCACGCUUAUAUAAUGGCCACUUAUCAGAGAAAACAUUACAUUUCAUUUUUUUGAAUAUGUGGUAUUCUGUCAUGGGAUCCCAUUCAGAACUGUGGUUAGACUAUUGAUUUGAACUGUACCAGUGACAUAACAACUGACAUAAAAACAACAUAACAACUCAUUAUUCCAAAUCAUCCACUAGAGGAUCUGUUACAGAACUGACAAAGAUCAUUUCAACCACUAAUCCUCUCUUCAGGUGUCGGAUAACGUGGCUGUUGGGCCAAUUUCCUAAAAGAAAGCAGUCCUUUCUAGCAAUUGCACAACAGUGGACUCCCCGCUAAGACUCGAGAUUAAUAUUAAUGAACCUGGGAGGCUCUGAGUUAUGUUAUGUAGUGAAUUAUUCCAGACUUUUGCGUUCUCUUAAACUCUGUCUGAACCUGUACCAAUACACUUCUUACUCUGUCGGUAAUGAUCAGCUAUUUUGUUUACUGUGGACUAUGUAUCAGUACAGACUCCAUCCAUACGCUAGUAUUAAUUAAUUAUAUACGGUACAUCAUAGCAGCCCUAUUUUAAUGCUGUAUCAACGUGUUCCCGAUUACUUUAAUGACCUUUUGUAGUAAGUACUGAAGGGCUGUCACUGGAGCUAAAACCCAAACAAUGGGUGUAAGGUGUUACACUCAUCCCGACAACAUCUGGAUUUAAUUUGCAAAAAAAAAUGGCAUCAACAUAGGAUUUAUACUGUAAGUCUUCCAAAUAUUGUUUUAUCCAUUUGUCAACUAAACUAUGAGAUCCUGUUUGUAGCUGGCCAUAGCUUGCCGUCGUUGCAUUACAGGGGACAUUACGCAGAGGUGAGUGGUGUGGAAAGCUUGGAGUUGUGUCUCCUGAGCAAAACAUGUAGGGCAGGCGCUGGUCAGCUAAGAUAAAAAACCCUAAAUUUUCCAUUGGAUAUUGUACAUGGCCUUUUUCAGCUGGAGGGUUCAUACCCUAUGGAUUAUUGCUGCAAUGGUUUUGGAGAUUGAGUCAUUAAAUAUUAACAAUGUGGGCAAG